AUGAUCAUAGUUGCUCAAGUCUUUGCGUGCCUCUUGGCCCUUUCGACCCUGCCUUUGGCAAUCGCUCAACCCACUUUGUCGCGCCGAGGAACUAUUGGCUCUGAUGAGAUCGUGGGAUUCGACCAGACUGUUCCUUCCGGGACCGUCGGCGAUGCUUAUCUUGCCUAUCAGCCCUACCUAUACGUUGUCAAUGGCUACAACAAUGACUCCGGCGCUAACAAUAUUAGCGCCGGUCUGGCCACUACUGGUGCUUCCGAUGGCGACUGCAGUAGCAGCACUGGCCAAAUUUACGUCCGGGGUACCAGCUCUGGCGAUUACUACGCGUUGAUGUAUGCCUGGUACAUGCCGAAGGAUGAGCCAUCAGAUGGGCUUGGUCACCGCCAUGACUGGGAAGGUGUGAUUGUCUGGCUUUCGGACUCGACGAGCACGACGGCUGACAACGUCGUUGCUGUAUGCCCGUCUGCCCAUGGUGGCUGGGAUUGCAGCACAAACGGAUAUACCCUGGAUGGUACGGCUGCAUUGAUCAGAUACUAUAGUGUCUGGCCAGUUGAUCACCAGUGCGGCUUGACAAGCACUGUUGGGGGUACGCAGCCAUUAAUCGCCUGGGAGUCCCUCCCGACGGUCGCCCAGGACGCGUUGGACACCACCGAUUUCGGAUCUGCUAUUGUCCCAUUCAUUGAUGCUCACUUUGACACAAAUCUGGCAGAUGCUACCUUCUGA